CCAUGGAAGCAGGUACAGAAAAGCCAGUUCUUCCACAUGCAAGCUGCUUAGAUUCCAUUUCUGCUCUCUUCAUACCAUCUCCAAGGUAUCAGCAGCUUUACAUUUGCUUGUUAAACCUGAAGCAUGUUUCUUGCAAAGGCUUUAUUGGAAGGAGCAGAUCGAGGUCUUGGAGAAGCUCUUGGUGGCCUUCUUGGACGAGGCGGUCAGAGAAGAGGAGGAGGAGGAGGAAUAGUUGGAGGAAUUGUGAAUUUUAUUAGCGAGGCUGCAGCAGCUCAGUAUUCCCCAGAACCGCCUCCCACACCGCAACAUUUCACUAAUGUGGAGGCCAACGAAAGUGAGGAAGUUAGGCGGUUUCGACAACAGUUUGCACAGCUGGCUGGACCGGACAUGGAGGUGGGUGCCACUGACCUAAUGAAUAUCCUCAACAAAGUCGUUUCUAAGCAUAAGGAUCUGAAGACCGACGGCUUCAGUCUUGACACCUGCCGGAGCAUUGUAUCUGUUAUGGACAGUGACACCACCGGGAAGCUGGGCUUUGAAGAAUUUAAGUAUCUCUGGAACAACAUCAAGAAAUGGCAGUGUGUUUAUAAGCAACACGACAGAGAUCAUUCCGGGUCUCUGGGAAGGUCUCAGCUGCGGGGUGCUCUCCAGGCAGCAGGCUUCCAGCUAAAUGAACAACUUUACCAAAUGAUUGUCCACCGAUAUGCCGAUGAGGAUGGAAAUAUGGAUUUUAACAACUACAUCAGCUGCCUGGUCCGCCUCGAUGCCAUGUUCCGUGCCUUCAAAUCUCUGGAUAGAGAUGCAGAUGGCCUGAUUCAAGUGUCUAUCCAAGAGUGGCUGCAGCUGACCAUGUACUCCUGAAGUGGGCGCUGAGGAGUCAGGACCCUCCCUAGACGUCAGGACGGCAGCAUGCCUCGCAGUGCCGUCUUCCCCAUCCACCAGCUGUUCUUUCCUGACGAGCUCUUCUACAAACCGGCGCAAAGUUAUGAAUUUGUGCUGCCCUUUGCUGCUUAAUUAAAACACAUUGUUCAUGAAAAA